CAGCUCUGCGCCGACCACCCGCCGCCCGCGCCCCCGGAGGAGUAGGGCCGCCGCCGCGCCCCCUGGCCAACAGGCCGGGGCCCGCCUGGUCUCUGGUGGGCACCCUAGGCCGGCAGUGCUUGAGCCAACCGGGAAGCUCCCUAGCCAUCUGCCCGAGGCACCUCCCUCCAUGCCUCCUCCCGCGGGCUCCGGCCGACCGCGCUUCCGCCCCAAGAGCCCCGCCCUGUGCGGCUCCACCUGCCCGCCAGGGGGCAGCAGAGGACGAAAACUGGCUUCUGCACUCGAUGGGGCCACCUCUCAUCCUACCUGAGGUGGAGACCCUUCCCCUGGGGCACUCGGGGCACCCGUCUUCAUUGGUGUGGACCAUGGCAGGCAAAUGUACAAAGCUCCAGAGGACUUCCUCGCCCUGCCGCCUGUCACCUACUUUGCUCUUCGGGGUUAAGAGGGAGGACCUUGCACCGGGUUAGCCCCGAGUCUCCCUGUGCCUGCUGCCUUUGACCAUAGAACGCCCUUGGGGAAGGGAAGCCGGUCCCGCCCAGGGCUAAGCCGCCUGGCUCAGUCCCAUCUACCCCUGGGUCCGACCUCCUCCUGUUGGCCCUCCUCUCCAGUAGCCUAAGGACCCGCAGGUUCCUCUAGGACACGGGCCACUGUCCGCUCCCACCUCCACCCACACCGCUCCCUCCCUGCUUGCCUCCGGUGGGGGCCGCAGGCCUUCACCCUGUCCAGGUGGUACCCCCAGGCCAAGCCGCCCCCGCUCCCCCAAACCCACUGGGCCAUCACAGGGGCUUGUGAUGAGCCCUGUGACUUCUGAAUUCUUUUUUAGACUGUUAAAUGUUUAUAUGAUUAAAGGUGUUUUAAGGUAAAGAACCCACUGUAAGCAGUGUCUGAGAACCACCAAGUGUAUCUGCAGUGGGACGCGUGUUAUUAAAUUAGAAGCUGGGGGCCAUCCCGGUGAAGGGGCCAGUGCCCCUAUGAGCCCUUUCCCACAUGGGGAAAUUUAAGGCACCAAGAGACCUGCGAAGGCCACAGUCGGGGCAGCUGCCCCUGGCCUCAGGCUGGCAAACCGGGGGCAGGGAGGGGGCGGGGCAGAGGCAGCAGACCAGGAAGCAGGCAGGCGGGCCGAAGCGAUGGACCCCUGGGGCAGGGAGCCGGGGCUUCCCGCGCGGCCGCAUCCUUGUGGCCAGCCCAAGUCACUCUCGAGAUCUUCGCAAUUUAUAAAACAGGAGAUUUAUUAGGCGAGGGCCCAUUUUCAAGAAGCUAAAGGUUAAGGGGGAGAGGAAAGUCCCUCCUCCUCUCCCUUCUCCCUGAAUAACUCUCCCCAGGGGAUAAAAAUGGUCUGGACCUCAAAACCUACCCAAAUAAAAAAAUGAAAAAAAUGAGGUUUCAAAAAGUUACAGCAUCUUAAUUCCACAUAGAAAAAGGGAGGGGCCAGAGGAAAGAGGUCUCUCAUGGGGGGAGCACCCCACCUGAUGGGUCACCCCCUCUUAAAUAGCUGCCCCAAGAGGGGCAAGCUGAGGGCUAUUGCAUUUAAAAACUCCCACAUCCCAAUUUUAUCAAAACCAAAGAGAAAAAAAAAUUCCUUCCCCCCCAAAACCCAAAUAUAUAUAUAUAUAUAUAUUUUUUUUUUUU